AUGAAAUAAGUGAUGAAAAACUAUACAAUAACAACUUUUGUUCUGCUGGGACUGACAGAUGAUCCUGAGCUACAGGUGCUGAUUUUUAUCUUUCUAUUUCUCGCUUACAUACUGAGUGUAACUGGAAACCUGACCAUCGUCACACUCACAUUUGUGGAUUCCCAUCUUAAAACACCCAUGUACUUUUUCUUAAAAAAUUUCUCCUUCUUGGAGAUCUCACUCACAUCUUCUUAUAUUCCCAGAUACCUGUAUAGCAUAGCAACAGGUGACAAGGUCAUUACCUAUAAUGCUUGUUUCAUCCAAGUGUUUAUCUCUGACCUGUGUGGAAUAACAGAAUUUUAUCUGUUGGCCGCUGUGUCCUUUGACCGCUACGUGGCCAUCUGCAAACCCCUGCAUUAUGUGACCAUCAUGAGCAGCCGAGUCUGCAGGAUUCUCAUCAUCUCUUGCUGGAUGGCUGGUCUCUGUAUUUUAAUCCCACCAUUUAUCCUGAAUUUAAAUCUAAAAUUUUGUGACUCUAACAGGAUUGAUCAUUUUGGCUGUGAUGCAUUUCCUUUAGUGGAAAUCUCGUGCUCAGACACAUGGUUGAUGGAACAGAUCGUUAUAAUUUGUGCUGUGCUGACCCUGAAUAUGACUCUUACUUUUGUGGUUCUGUCAUAUGCUCAUAUCAUCAAGACAAUUUUUAGGUUCCCUUCUGUUCAGCAAAGGAAAAAGGCUUUUUCAACCUGUUCUUCACACAUGAUUGUGGUUUCGCUUACCUAUGGCACCUGCAUUUUCAUCUACAUGAAUCCUACAGCAAAGGAAGAAGUGACCAUUAAAAAAGUGGUUUCACUGCUUAUUUUUUCUGUUUCGCCUACGUUGAACCCAUUUAUUUAUACCUUGAGAAACAAUCAAGUUAAGGAAGCCUUUAAGGACUCAAUCAAAAGAACUGCCUUGCUCUCAACUAAGUAA